AUGAAGUUUCUCCUAUUGCUCCUGCUCCUGCAGCUCGCAGCUUCUGAAGCUGCUCCGGUGGCCUCUGAGAACAGCCUGGGAGAAAAUGAGCUGAAGUUUGCUGAAGAAUACUUGAAAAAAUUUUAUGACUUCCAAGCACAAGGGAUUUCAAUGACAGAGGUGAAAACCAAUGAGCAGCACCUGGAGGAAAAAAUCCAGGAGAUGCAGCAGUUCUUCGGGCUGGCAGUGACCGGGCGGCUGGACAAACCCACUCUGCAGCAGAUGAUCGCCCCGCGGUGUGGCGUGUCGGAUGUGCAUUCUCACAACGUACUGCAAGGGAGGCCAGUGUGGUGGAAAAAUAAUCUCACCUACAGGAUCCUGAAUCACCCCUUUUACCUGGAGGAGAAUGAUGUUCACAGGGUCUUCGACAGAGUGUUUCAAGUCUGGAGUGAUGAGACUCCCCUGAACUUCAGAAAGAUUUACACAGGCGAGGCGGACAUCAUGCUUUCUUUUGCACGUAGAGACCACGGAGACGUCGCGCCUUUUGAUGGUAGGGAUGGAGUCCUAGCCCAUGCUUUUGGGCCUGGAAGUGGUCUUGGGGGCGAUGCACAUUUUGAUGCCGAAGAAACCUGGACUCACAGCUCUAUAGGUACAAACUUAUUUCUUGUUGCUGUUCAUGAGAUUGGACAUGCCUUGGGUCUUGACCAUUCCAAGAACACCAAUUCCAUAAUGUUCCCAACCUACAAGUAUGCUGACACCGACACAUUCCGCCUCUCCACUGCUGACAUACACAACAUUCAGUAUCUUUAUGGUAACCCUCAGGCCUCACAGCCUCUGGACCCUCCCAUGUUCGACCAUGGAACUGUCUGUGACCCCAAUUUGAGUUUUGAUGCUAUUACCACAAUUGGAGACAGAAUAUUUUUCUUCCAUGACAGAUUCUUCUGGUGGAAGGCCCCUGAGUCACCAAGGAGCUCUGCUUCUUUAAUUACAUCCAGGUGGCCUUUCUUGCCAUCUACCAUUCAAGCUGCGUAUGAAAUUGAAGCCAGAGAUGAAGUCUUUCUUUUUAAAGAUGAGCAGUACUGGAAAAUUAAAAAUCUAACCCUGCAGCCAGGCUAUCCCAGGAACAUAUUUUUUCUGGGCUUGCCUUACGCUGUGAGAAAAAUUGAUGCAGCGGUUUUUAACCCACUUACCAAUAAGACUUACUUCUUUGUAAAUAAUCGAUAUUGGAGAUACGAUGAGACAAGAAAAGUUGUUGAUGAAGGAUACCCCAAACUGAUAUCCGAGACCUUCCCAGGAAUUGGGCCUAAAAUAGAUACAGUCUUCUAUUAUGACAAUCACUACUAUUUCUUCCAAGGGUCGGACCAACUGGAAUAUGACAUCUCUUCCAACCGUGUCACCAGAAGAAUGAAAAGCAAUAGUGGCUUUGGUUGUUAG